AUGACAAACUUUCUUAAUCGUUUGUUUAAAAAUAAAAGAAACAGUCAUAAUAAAGAGAAUAAUGAACUCUCUCAAGAAUUUGAAAGAGAUAAUUCUAUUCGUGCAUCAUCACGAUAUAAUGGAAAUAUAACUUUAAAAGAUAAUCAAUCUUAUUUAAAUCCAACUGCUCCUUAUCAUACUAAUAAUACUAAUAAUAAAUGGAGACCUGGACCACGAUCAUGUCCAGGAGAACAAAUGUCUUUCAAAUCUAAUAAAAAUAAAAAAGAUCAUGAUCGAUCAUUUGCUACUGAAUUUCAACCCCCAAAUGAUCAAAAAAUAUCAAGACGCAAGCAACAUUAUAAUUUUAAAAAUUCACAUGACACUUCAGAAUAUGGAAGUGUUGAACCACCAAUUGAAAGUGAUACUCAUAGAAGAAGUUAUCAUGAAGAAUUUGAAGAAUCAGAAGGAGAAGCAUUAACAUUGGCUGAAGCUCGUAUUCAUAAUUUAGAAGAUGCUUUAAGUAGAUAUAAACUUCGUCUUAAAGAUGCAUUAGAAGAUCGUCGUUAUUAUAGAAGUCAAUAUGUAGCUUUACAACAUUCCAAACAUAGAACAGAAAGAAAUUUAUUACAACAAAUUGAAGAUUUAAAUACUGAAAGAAAACAUAUGCAACAUAAAAUUUCUGUUCUUGAACGACAAGUUGAACAAUAUAGGAAUUUUAAUUGCCAUAACAAUUCUUUAAUAAAUAUGGAUAAUUCCAAAUUUCAUAAUCAAAUGAAUUUGUUUGGAACUCCUUCAACAUCAGCAGUUGAUUCAAUUACAGGAGCCGGUGAAGCUUUAUCUAAUAUGUCAGAAAAUCCAUUUAUUGGACAUAGAAAUGAACAAAUUUCAUCUAAUGUUUUUGCUGAUGACAACCUUGAUGAAGUCAAAAAUUUCCGCAAUAUGAAACUUGACUUAUUGGACAUGAAUCGUUCUGUUUCAGAAGAGUAA